GCGGCCUGAUUGCUUUUACUUUUUCUCUUUUGGAAUCCGAUUUUCGUUGCUUUUCGAUCUGCUUUUACUGACGUCUCGUUCAUCAAACUGCAAAUCUUGCUCUGCGCUCCGGCGUCCGCCAUUGCAAGGCUAGCAACGUUGGCAGAGGAGCUGCUGGUGCCAUAGCCACGAGAAGGAAGCAGCAGAGGAGGCCGCUUCGUGGAGUGUAGGGGCGGGGAUGGGGACGCGAGAGGAUCCUAUGACGGCCGAGAUCGAGAGGCAAGUGCUCCACCACCACCAUUUGCUGCAACCACAGCGCCGCCUGCCUUCCUCCACGUGCGACCUCCACCCAGACGAGACCGUCACCGGCUUCUGCGCCUCCUGCCUCCGGGAACGCCUCGCCGGACUGGACGCACCUGCCGCCUCAGCCGGCCGCAAGUCCACCUCCGCCCUCCGGUCGGUCUUCCAGAAGGUCUCCUCCGGCGCCGCCCCGGCCGCUGGGUCCUCCUUCCUUCGCCGCUCCAAGUCCUUCUCCGUCGCCCGUGGCGGCGGAGGCGAAGGGUUCUCGGCCCAGCGGCCGCCCGCGGUGGCCUUUGAGCCGCAGCGGCGGUCCUGCGACGUCCGUGGCCGUAGCACCCUGUGGUCGCUGUUUAACCAGGACGGCCACCGACGGGUGGCUGAGAACACUUGCGGUGCGGCCUCCUCUGCCUCUGCCUCGAUCUCCACCGUUGCUGUCGCCAGCAAUGUGAUGGUUAGCAAGGUCGAGUGCCGAAACCUAGUGUUUCCUGGUCCCUGCGUCGCCCCUCCCUUCUCUGAGACACGAGAAGAGGAAAAUGAGAGCAAUGAUGAGAUCACGCCUUCCGUUCCCGUGGUGUUGGUGGUCGAGGAAACAAACGAGGAAGCGGAAGAAGCGAGAACGACCGAACUGAAGCUAAUGAAGGAGCACAUAGAUCUCGACUCCCAGCAGCAGCAGCAGCAGCAGCAGGCGAAGAAACCUCCGGCCAAGGACCUCAAGGAGAUCGCCAGCAGCUUCUGGCUGGCCGCCUCUGUCUUCAGCAAAAAGCUCCAGAAGUGGCGGAGAAAACAGAAGCUAAAGAAGCAAGGAGGCGACGCCACAAUGCGGGCGGAGAAGCCGCCCACUGCGUCCCGGAGGUUCCGGGACACGCAGUCGGAGAUCGCCGUGGAUGCCUCCGGCCGGAGAUCGUGCGACACUGAACCCCGCUUCUCGUUGGACGCCGGCCGGAUCUCCUUCGACGACCCGAGGUUCUCCUGGGACGAGCCGAGGGCGUCCUGGGACGGCUACCUCAUCGGAGGGCGGUCAGUAUUCCCUCGUCUGCCUCCCAUGCUCUCCGUGGUAGAGGACUCCCCCGCACAAGCUGUGCAACGAUCGGACUAUCUAAUCCCCGUCGAGGAGGACACCACCGUCCCCGGUGGUUCGUCACAGACUCGGGAGUACUACUUGGAUUCGUCCAGCCGGCGACGGCGUAGCCUUGACCGGUCGGCCUCCAUCCGGGAGCAACCCAUCGAGCCUACCCAGCCCAAACCAGUCUCCAACGGGAAGGUAUCCCCUGCUGCAGGUAUGGAUUUCUUCCAGUUUAACCCCAGCACAUUGCUCGACCGGGAUGUGAAAGAAUGGAGUUCAAAUUCUCUGAGAGAUGAUUACUCGGGAAGCUUCGAAUCAGCCUUCAAGGACCAAAGAGGUGCUUCUGCCAAGAAAUCUCGGAGGUGGAGCAAAGCAUGGAACAUUUGGGGGCUCAUUCAGCGAAGAAGUAGCAGCAGAGGAGAAGCCAACAUAGUCGAGAGAUCUUUGUCGGAGUCCUGGCCGGAGCUGCGAUCCAGUAGCUUCAAUAACAGGAUGCUCCGCUGUAACAGCAGCAUAAGCUCUAGGCACUCUUUCAGUGGCAAUGCCGGCUAUGGGAACAUGAAGAAGAACAAUUCCAACUCCAUUGAAAGGAACAGAAGUGCUAGGUAUUCUACGAACCACCUCGACACCCCCAUGCUAAGUUUUCACAUGCCGCCGACGCCGAAUAGCAGGAGGAUUGGAGUUUCUACCAACGGGGGGAGGCAAAUGCCUUCACACUACAUGACAAGGCACAUUCUUGGACUGCAUUGAGCCCUUCUGUUGGCCCUUUAUGAUCCUGCCUGGUGGAAAAAUUUGCUGUCGACUCAGGGGAUUAUUCUUUGUUGGUGCAUGUACCCUAAUUGAAGAAAUAUAACAUUUUUUUGAGGGGGGUAAUAAUGCCACCUUAAAUCAAGCUCAAGUUUUGUUCAUUACUGAUUGUCAGUGGUUCAUCUUUUCAUGUUUGAUAGUUUAUGAUUGCAGAAGUGGAUUGAGAGAAGUGUUCUUUCCCUUGAAUCAAAUGAGCAACUUGGGCAGAGAAAUCUCACUGUUUCGUCCUUUUUCUAUACUGCCAACUCAUUGCUCUUCAGUCAUAUAAAAUUGUUAAUUAUUUAUGUUGAUGGCUAAAUCAUGCAUCCAUUUUUUAAUAUAUAUUGCAUGUAUUAAACUCUAAAAUUAUAAAAGCAUAAAAAAUAAAUAGUUUGCUAUGAAA